AUGACACAACAAAGAAAGACCAUUGCCGUGGUGAACGCCACGGGUCGCCAGGCUGCGUCCCUGAUCCGCGUUGCUUCAGCAGUGGGCCACAAUGUGCGCGCUCAGAUCCAUUCCCUGAAAGGCCUCAUUGCGGAGGAAUUGCAAGACCUGCCCAAUGUCACUCUGUUCCAGGGCCCUCUACUGGGCAACACGGCGCUGAUGGACUCCCUUUUCCAAGGAGCCAACCUUGCCUUCAUCAACACCACUUCACAGUCCGGGGACGAAGUCGCGAUCGGACGCGCCUUGGCUGAUGCCGCCAAACGAGCCGGAACCAUUCAGCACUACAUCUACAGCAGUAUGCCCGACCACUCUGUGCAUGGACCCUGGCCUCCGGUGCCCCUAUGGGCGCCCAAAUUCACCGUGGAGAAUUACGUUCGCCAGCUCGGCCUGCCCUCGACUUUUGUCUACGCGGGGAUCUACAACAACAACUUUACGAGUCUACCAUACCCUCUCUUCCAAAUGGAGCUGAUGCAGGACGGAAGCUUUGAGUGGCACGCUCCAUUUGACCCGGAUAUUCCGUUACCCUGGCUGGAUGCCGAGCACGACGUGGGACCAGCACUGUUGCAAAUCUUCAAGGAUGGUCCUAAGAAGUGGAACGGUCACCGGAUCGCUCUCACGUUCGAAACUCUCUCCCCCAACCAAGUUUGUGCGGCGUUUUCGCGCGCACUCGGUCGCCCAUGCCGCUACCUGCGCGUCCCCAAAGUCGAAGUGAAAGUCAAUAUCCCGCCCGGCUACCGAGAACAAUUGGAGGCACUGGAGGUGGUGUUUGGGCAGUGUGAUGCGCCUUACUUUCCGCAGCCCGAAUUCUCCCGCCCUGCGGCCGGGUCACCGAAGGGCCUUGGACCGGCCAAUGGCAAGGGCGCGGGCGCGGGAAUGAUGCAGGGUCCCGGAGGAGUCAUAUCGCUUCGUGUCACAGACGAGGCCCGGCACUUGUGGCAGGGCUGGCGAGACAUGGAGGAAUAUGCGCGCGAGGUCUUCCCGGUGGAAGAGGAGGCCAACGGGCUGGACUGGAUGCUGUGA